AUGGCCCCCUUCGCCCCCGCCUCCAACGAACGCCUGACCUCAACCCAUUCUCUCCUCUCGCCUACCCCCGACUUCUACUGCCGCAUUGGGGAGACCUAUACGGAGGCGGUCUCUCGCCACAUGAACGAGCAGCGUUGUGCAGCGGAAGAGCGCUCCUUGGCUGUAUACAUAAACGAUAUCAACGUGGUAAACUCCUUCUAUGGAGUCCCGUUGAUUCGUGCCGACGACUCCGGCGAACCAGAAAAUGAGCCACAGCAACAGCGACCGCGCAGAAGGUGGAUCCUUGCCGAAGCAUGCCAAAAUGCGUUCGCCACCGGGGUACAAGAGUCGGGUCGGAUCGUCGAGGAUAUCACCAGCAUGCCGAAUGAUUUCAACAUCGAGCCAGCAACGCAGAGGGCAUCCAACAAAAUUUCUUCGUCCUCUGUCACGGAGCCCGUUACUACAGCCUCACUCAGCUCGCCCUCAAUCAACCCACAAUCGACGAUUUCUGAAGCGGAAGCUGCGGCACCCGCUGCUAAUGCAAUCGCGGUGGCGGAAUCGCCUUCGAUGCCAGCCAGAUUUGGCCGCAUCAUCGUUAAAUCGCAGACCGCGGGCUGUCGGUUCGCCAUCCCUAUCGAUGUCGCUACUGGCGCCCUACUUGAAUGGGCUUUUAUUGACUUUGGAGAUGGCCGGGAUGCUAUUACGGCAGUGACGGCUGUACUCACCUAA